AUGCACGGGCAACAAUCAGCCUUUAGUACAAAAGCAACUACAAACAGUGCUGCAGGCGGAUCAACACGUGGGUUCCUCAGCUUUUCUAGUCAAUCUGUGCUAGAAGGAGCGAAUGGACCCAGAUUUAAAGAGCGUAUUUCCCAAAAUUUAAAGCAUUUAGCAACCAAUAUGACACGAUAUAAGGGAUGUGGACCAAUAAUAUACAAUUUAUCAAUGUUUAUUCGCAUUCUACAAAUGUUAGGAUUAUAUUUAAUGCAUAGUGCAAACGAAUAUUGGGAAGUUCAGAACGCCUCUCGAAUUGUAGUUACUAUUUUAACACUUCCUUUACACUUUUCAGUCUAUCCGCAUAACGAAAAAUACAGAAUUAUUUUAAUGUUCUUGUUUUCAAUAUAUUAUAUUAUAAAUACAGUUAUACACAUCUUUAUUUUACUUAGAGAUCCCACCGAAAAAUCAAUUUCCAACAGAAUGCUCUUUUAUUUAAGCUUUACAACAAUCUUAAUCUCUCCAAAUUUAGCGAUGUUCACUGCAUGUGGAUACGGAUAUCUUCUUAAAUGCAUUAUCUUUUUCAAAUAUAACGACACGUUACUAAUUACAGGCGUUGUUUUUAGCACAAUUACAUUAAUAUUAGCGUUAGUAACACAUUAUUUCGGAUAUUUGAUAUUAAGAAAUGCAGCAAUAUUAAAUUUCAAGAUAAUGUUCCGUCCAUGGUCUUCAGAUCUCGGUCAUUUAUUACGAUUUGAAUAUUAUUACUUCAUUAUGGCAUUUGCAUCAGAUUUUCUCGAUUUAAAUAAGCAAUUAAUGAUAUUGAUAUAUUCGAUUUUAGCACUUGCAGCAGCAAAUCCAUAUUUUAUUUAUUUUACCUCAACAAAUGCAUUAUUCAACAACUAUCAAGACGUCAAAUACAUUUCUACAGUAUUGGCAACAGGUUUCGUUCUGAUUAUUCUCAUGAAUCUCAAGUAUUUCUUCACACAAAUAUCAUCCACAAUUUUAUUUGUAACUUUUCUCAUAAUUUAUUCGAUAUUUACAUUUGUAUUCAAAGCCAUUACAACGUGGUUCAUGAACAAGCAGCUAAUGAAACUUUAUUCAGUCUACAGACAAAGUCAACCUGUUUUACCGCCAACCUCCCCCUUAAUAUUUUCCGGUAACAAAGAUACACAUAUACCAUUAUCCCAAGACGCCUACAAUGUUAUGCAAGGCUUUAGUUCCCUCGAGAUCAGUACAGCGCGUGAGUUCCAAACGAUUGUUGCCAUUGGAGCCGCAUCCCGAAUGCCAGCUGUUACAAACUUCGAUUUCAUCAGAUGGGGCUUGAAUUUCUUUGUUGACAACAAGAGUCUUUUCAUGUGUGCGCAAGUUUGCAACUAUUUCCAUGAAAACGCGCAAACACAAACUGUUCUUUUACAAUAUUUGACCGAACAAAGUGAUUUAAGUUUGCCGCAAUCGAUUGCUGUCCAUAUUCUAGACAGAGAUCAUACAGAUGCAAUCUCUGACCAACCAAUCUUUUUGAAAUUAUUAAAAGUGAAAGCAACAGCAGCACACGCAAGAUGCAGAAGAUGUAUUUCAACAUUUUGGAGUGCAGUUUUGAAACACAACAUUGUAUCAAUGAGAGAUGGAAUUUGUAAAUUAAGGGAUGCAAUAAACGAAGCAACAACUCAUUUCGAUGAAUUGUUACGAUGUUAUCCAUAUUCAAUAGAUGCUGUUUCUCUUUAUAUCAGUUUCCUUUUGGAAGUCAAAUCUUCUUUUGUCGAAUGUUAUAACUUUAUAAAUAACACAUCGAGUUCUUUCAUUGAACAACAAGACGAACUGAAAGCGAACAACAAACAACAAGUUGUUUCUAUUUCAGCAUUAAUGAAAGACACAACUAAAUCAUAUAAUGAAUACUUGACUGAUUUAAGUUCAUAUUCUGAACAAGAAAGAAGAGUUAAACACAACACAAAUGGUCCUUCUCGAGGUGUUUAUGCAUUGAUGUUAAGUGCUUUCUUAAUAAUUGUUGGUUGUUUCUCAGCAAUUAUCAUUGUAACACUUAUCAAACUCAAAGAAUAUCCAGGUCUUUUGGAGAUAAUUUCAACAGGUAGUGAUGUAUUGAUUGAAAUUGCUUCAUUGACAAUGGCAAGUAGAAGAUUAUGUCUGUUUUCAAGUGGAAUAAUUAAUGAUACAACAAUCGAAGGUGUUUCAAAUGAUUUCGAUACAAUGGAAAAUAUAACGAAAUACAUUGCAACACAUGCAGAAAAACUGCCUGCUUUGUGUGCAACAUUCUUCACGACAAGUGCAAGAAGAAAGAAAAUGAUUGACGCAUUAAAUUAUCAAAUGCCAAUCAAUAUAUUCGAUACAACUUACAACGCGUCAUUGGCAAGAACUCUUGAACUAAUGAUACAAUGUAUAUCGAAUAUAGCUUCUAACAUUCCUUCAUUUUAUAUCAAUGGAACUGUUAACAAAACUUGUUACAAACCAACUUGUCAAUCCGAUGAAUUGAAAACUUUGUUGAACAAUUUCAGACCUUUGAAUGAUUUGUCAGUGAAUUUCAUUUUUGUGUUUGAAAACAUAACAACAGAUGAAAUUACUUCAUUAGACAAAGCAUUUAAAUGGUCAAUGAUUGUUCUUCCAACAGCUUUUGUUGUUGUUUUCGGUAUCUUUUUGCUGUUAGUUUCUAUUUGUAUUCAUAGAGAAAGUAAAUUCAGAAUGAGUUUGUAUCUUUCUCUUCCUGAAAAUAUUGCAAGUAACAUCAUCUACAAACAGAAUAACGCAGAAAGAAAUGUAAUAUACAGAGCUGGAUCCCAAUUCGCUUCUUCAAGUGGUCCAAGUCCUCCGAAAGCAACAAAUGUAAUUGGAGCUCCAACAGUUAAUUCUUCUUCACAAGGACAAAGUGGAAAAGAAGAAAAAACUAAAGCAGCUGCCAUUGAAUCACUUUAUCAGUUUACUUCGAUGUCCAAUGUUAAUUCUACAACAGGAUUGAUUGGAUUCAUUGCAUGGAUGAUUGUUUUCAUGAUUCUUGGAGCAAUUGCGAUGUUAUCUUUAACAUAUUAUGGAAAAACUGUGAAUAGUUCAUUCGUUGGAAGAACAUCGAUGUUAUGCUAUUCCGCAUCAAGAUUCUCUACAUUGCAAUAUGCUUCUUUGGCUGCAAUAGAAAGCUUCAACAAAAAUAAUGAUGAUUUAGUUCUCUUGAAUUCUUCAACAAUUGUAAAUUUGACAACUUAUUUCACUGAUUUGUCAGAAUAUUUACAUGACAUUUUGACAUAUGGUGACAAAGAUAUUCCAUUUACAUAUAGAGAAUAUCCAGACAUUGCCACUUUGUUCGAUGGAAAUAAGUCAGAUGAACAAGAAUUCGAAGAUUACGUCGGAAAAAGUUAUUCAAGUAUUUCUCACAGAGGAUACAGUGAUUUAGGUUUAGAAGCGAGAUUGCAAUUGCUUUAUAUGGUGACAAUUGGCAUUGUUGAGAACUUCAAGAACAAUGCAACUGAUUUGAACACAACAAGUAACAGUUGGUUGGCUUAUAAUCAUUUGUUAUUAACACAUAUAACAGAAGAUUUAAAGAGCACAACAGGAAUAUAUAUUACAGGUGCAACAAAUGUAAUUGAAAAGGCUUUCUUGGCUGCGUUAAUGAUAUCUGUUGUUUCUAUUAUUGUUUUGUUGUUGAUUUUCGUGAUUCCUAUUCUCAAAUACACAUUGGAUUUGAGUGGAUAUUUCGCUUUGACAACGCAAAUUUUGUCUGGAAUUAAUCCGGAAACAUUUAGAAGUACUAUUUAUAUAAACAAGUGGUUGCAAAGAUCAAUCAACCGCAGAAACUACAGACAGUUCGAGGACUCUUUCAAGAGAUCUGUGACUCCGAAAUUGCAGUCCGAAAUCGCAUUCGAAAUUCCAGAAAAAAUCUUUUUGUUCGACGCGUACGGAAAAUUCUUCAAUAUCAAUUCCUUCGAUAUCUCAACGAUAGAUGAUGGAAAUGUCGACAUCAAGAGCAUAUUGGGAUUGUUCUUCGACUUGUCAAAGAACCAGCAACUCUUGGAUAACGUAAACAGAGCAUUUUACACAUUCCAAGAAGCGAAAGAUAAAGCGGAGAAUUUCACUUUCAAGGCUCUUUCGAAAGACGGAGUUCCAAUGCAAGUUUACUUGAAAGGCAUCACUUCAGCAGACUGCUUGACGUACGAUCUGAAAGAGAUGCAAGGAUUCUACGCUUACGUGGCUGUUCUCAUCAAAGAAAUCAUCAGAGAAAGCCAAGACGAAGAGCAUUACAAUAUCGAAAAGAAAACAACAUUGCAGAUGCUUGAAAUGGUCAUUCCUCCACACGCUGCACGAAGAUUACAUGCAGGAGAAGAGUCUAUCUGCUUCUUUUCAGGUAUUGGUUGUGUUGCUGUUGCUGAAAUUGUUGGUUUCUUCGAUAUGGACUCUGUUUUGACACCCGAUGCAAUCAUGGAAGUAGUUUCAGAUGUAAAAAUCGGUGUUGCUUCAUAUCUUCGAAAGUUCCCGCGUGUUUCAACUCUCGGAUUGAGAAAUGGAUAUGGUAUAUUCGUCGCAGGCCAAUUCACAGAAGACAGUGAUGGAAUGAACGAAGCUUGCGACAUGCUUAAUUUCAUUUUCCUUGCAGCCAAGUUUCUCGAAGAAGGAGCUCAAAAGAAAGGUGUUUCUUUAGCGUUCAAAGUCGGAAUUGCUACUGGAGGACCAUUAUAUUGCAAGAUCGUAAUGGAAAGUGCUCCUAUAGCAGUUACUGAUGGUGAUAUCUAUAUUAUCGCGGAAAAGUUGUCUUCUUUAGCAAAACCAGAACAAAUUGUCAUGGAUAAAGCAACUGUCGAAUGCGCAUCUUCUGUCAAGAUGAACCCGGUUUCAGUGGGAGAUGUAGAGAUAAGAGAUAGGAAAGUUCAAAUGUGGUCUAUCCCAAUUUACCCUGUUGAAGAAAAUCCUCAAAAUCAAGAUUAA